AUGUCGACUUGGCCUCCUACGGAUCCAGUUACUAUUCAUGAUACAAGUAGUUCCAAUUUUUGGACGUCGAAAGACAACGAUAUUGUGCUAGAAACUGGUUCUUCUAAGUCUGAUCAAAAUUGGAACCUUAUUCAAGAUGACGAUGAUGCUACUAUUAUCUAUAUUACUCAGGAUUCAGACGAAGCAAAUCUCGCAAUUACAUACGACCCUAACAAUUCAACUAAAUUUGUGUUGAAAGCUUACGUCUCUGGUAAUACGUAUCAACAAUUUGUAGUUUCUCCAGCAAGUGCCGAUAAACAUGUAAAUAUUGCUUGUAAAAAUAAAUUCACUACUACCUCUGGUUCAACUACAACUACAACAACUGAGUAUGCGAUAGCCAAGUCUGGAGAUGUCAAAGAUUCAAAAAUUGGCCCUGGAACUAAUGAUUCUAAGCAAUGGAUUGUCGAUACACAAGCUUAA